ACCAUAUAUAGUCACUUUGCCCGCUCCCAGCUCACAGCAUCAGGCACCCGCCAUCAAGCCAUCAGUCAUCCGUCGUCGAGGUCUAACAUCUUGCAAGUUCGUUAAUUGUCAACUAGUCUCCGGCCUUUUGCUGAAACACUGACCUCUGCGGGUCGCGAGCGCUCAGUAUGGCAGCAUUGGCAUCUUUCGCCUGUGCAUCGCCUACACCAGCUACGAAGCAGUCAGCGCCAAAAGCAGCGACUACAACGACUGAAAAUGCACCUGCCGCCGUCUCCAUGGCAGCCCAAGAUGCCAGCAGCAGGAUCACCUCUGCGGAGACCUCGAUCGUUAACGCGCCCAAGAGCGACGCCUCGGAGGAGUUUGGUGUGGAUCUGAGUUUAUGGUAUGGAGCAGGUCGAGUGAAGUAUCUGGGGCCGUUCUCGGCACGAACUCCAUCUUACCUCAAAGGAGAGUUCGCUGGCGAUUACGGCUGGGACACAGCAGGUCUGUCGGCAGACCCGGAGUCAUUUGCUAAGAACAGGGAGCUCGAAGUGAUCCAUGGCAGAUGGGCGAUGCUGGGCUGGGCAGGAUGCUUUUUCCCCGAGCUUCUGGUCAAAUCCAAGUCAUGUGGCUUGAAGGAAGGCGUUUGGUUCAAAGCUGGAUCGCAAAUUUUCACCGACGGCGGCCUUGACUACUUGGGUAACCCGAAUCUGGUGCACGCCCAGAGCAUAUUGGCUAUCUGGGCCUGCCAGGUGGUCCUGAUGGGCCUCGUGGAAGGAUAUCGCAGUGGAGGCGGACCUCUGGGAAAAGUGACCGAUCCUCUCUAUCCCGGAGGAGACUACUUCGACCCUCUGAAUCUGGCCCAGGACCCUGAUACUCUGGCUGAGCUCAAGGUUAAGGAGGUCAAGAACGGUCGUCUAGCUAUGACUGCCAUGCUCGGCUUGUUCGUUCAGGCCAUUGUCACCGGCCAAGGCCCUGUUCAAAAUCUUGCCGAUCAUCUCGCCAAUCCUUACGUGAACAAUGCCUGGGCUUAUGCAACAAACUUCGUUCCAGUGAGACAUUAGCUAGCUGAGCUGUCUGCUUAGCAAAGCCAUGUGUCUAUCCUGUACAUGUUCUCAAAUCUCUUACUAGUCGACUUGAAGACCGAUGACAGUGUUCGGAUGAACUGUUACGGCGAUGUAGUUUUUGUAAUUGCACUGUGCUGUAAAAUAUUUAAAACGAUCUUGCCCGCCCAAC